AGAAGUUUCGAUAUUGAUAGUGUUAUACUUUAAAAUGGAUUCCAAAGCAAUUGAAGUGACUUUCAUGAUAGUCGGUGGGGGUAUAGCUGGAGUGUCUUGCGCCGAAGGACUGGCGUUUCUUGUACCAGAGGAAAAAGUUAUCCUAAUAAGUGACAGUGCAUUGCUGAAGGCCGUCACAAAUAUUAUUCCUCUUGGAAAGACUUUGAUGCAAUUUGACGUCGAAGAGCGCUCCUCUGAAAGCUUCAAAGAAACAUACCCUUCUAUCUCAGUUAUCCAUGAUGUAGUAAUGAAAAUAAACUGUGCCGAGAAGUUAGUUGAAACUAAAGGUGGAAUACAAAUUUCAUACAAGAAACUUUGUCUCUGUACUGGUGCUAAACCAAAAGUAAUUGCUGAAAAUAAUCCAUACGUCAUUGGUAUAAGAGAUACAGAAUCCGUUGAGCAUUUUUCUGAAAGAAUCAGGAAUUCUAAAAGAAUCAUAGUAGUUGGAAAUGGGGGAAUUGCAACAGAAAUUGUGCACGAAGUGGAAGACGUAGAAGUUAUUUGGGUGAUCAAGGAUGAUCAUAUUUCAGCGACCUUCGUGGAUCCUGGAGCUGCAGAAUUUUUUCAAGAUAAGCUUAUUAAAAAAGAUUCAUACGAUCACCAUGCACAGAGUUCACCGGUCAAAAGAAUGAAGUACACGAUAACAAAUGGUACAGUUACUAAAGGUGGACCAGCACUUGGUCCUGACUGGCAUAACAGCUUUGAAAUGAAAGGUGUUUCUACUGUUUCCACCAAAGUUAACAUUGAAUAUUGCUGCGAAAUUAGUAAAGUCUUGUACCCAAAUGAACUAAGCGAAGAAGAAAGGACCGAACAAUGGCCAAUAUAUGCCAAGCUGACAAAUGGAAAAGUAAUAGGAUGCGAUUUCAUAGUUUCCGCAACAGGUGUCAUUCCACAUUCUCAACUGACCGGAUUACAAACAUUAAAAAAGGCGGAAGAUGGAGGCAUAUUAGUCGAUUGGAAGUUAGAAACAUCGGAGAAGAAUAUUUUUGCAGCUGGUGAUGUGUGCACAGCAAAUUGGGAGCUUGCCGAACAUUGGUUCCAAAUGCGAUUGUGGACUCAAGCACAACAGAUGGGUCGAUACGCAGCAAAAGCAAUGGUAUCUACGCUAAGAGAUGAAGAGUUUCUUCAAGAUUUUUGUUUUGAACUGUUCACCCAUGUCACUAAGUUCUUUGGGUAUAAAGUAGUCUUACUUGGCUUGUACAAUGGACAGAAGUUGGAUAGAAAUUAUGAGAUUCUGUUGAGGAUGACCAAAGGCAAAGAGUAUAUAAAGUUGAUUUUAAAGAAUGGUAAAAUGCAGGGAGCAGUAUUGAUUGGUGAUACCGACUUGGAGGAAAUGUGCGAAAAUUUAAUUCUGAAUCAAUUAGACUUGAGCUCCUAUGGAGAAGAUCUGCUCAAUCCCGAUAUUGAUAUCGAGGACUAUUUUGAUUAAACAAGUCAACGAAUACUUCUUGUCCCAUUUUACACCCUACAAUAAUAUUCGUGAGUUAAUUGUACUGUUUUCAGCGAUUUUAUUAAAAACAUACCAAAAUUGCUUACAAA